UCCUGUUCUCUGUAACCUAUAUUUCUUCAUUUCGUUUUUCUUCGCUUCCAACAGGUAAUUCCCUCUCAUUCAUCUCUCUCUUUUCUUCUUCUUCGUCUUCUUUUUUUAAUUUCUUAAUUUAAUGGUGAAUUAGUUAAUAGCGAGUUUCAGAGAGAUUGGUUUAUUCACUCAUCUUGGCCUUGUUUCUCCUAUGAUUUGAGUCCAUAUCAAGGUAAAACAUUAUGAGAUUGUAUUCCAAGAAGAGUCUUUCUUCUUUUAAAUCAGCAUCAUCAUGGUUCGAGAUAUAUGCUGCCUUCUCCACACUCACGAUUCUCCUCAGAACUGCAAUCAAUGAUCUCAUGCCCCAUCAGUUUCGAUCCUACAUCAUCUUAAAGCUAGAGGGAUUCUUCUGCAAAUACCGAUCAAAUAACAAAGUCUCUAUCAAAAUUAACCAAUUUUGGGAUGAAAUGUGUGGAGAGCGUAAUGAACUUUUUGAAGCAGCCUUGACGUACCUCCCCACCAAGAUUACUCACACCUACAAAUCGCUCAAAGUUGGCAGACGACAAAACCAUAAACACCUUGAGUUUGCAGUGGACGGAGGUGAUGAUGUGGUGGACAAAUUUGAAGGCAUGACGUUAACUUGGAAACUGAAUGAGGGGUCCAAGGAGGAUCCUAGGAACAUGAAGAAUAACUUUGUAUUAACCUUCAAUGAGAAACAGAGACAAAUGGUACUGGAUCGGUAUAUCCCACAUAUGGUUAAAACAUAUGAGGCCAUGAAAAAUGAGAGAAGGAUUUUAAAAUUGUAUUCUUGGUUAAAUGACUUUUGGAACGAAAGUGACUUAUCACAUCCCGCCACAUUUAACUCACUAGCCUUGAGUCCUGAGUUGAAGAAAGAUAUAAUUGAUGAUUUGGAUCGGUUCUUGAGGAGGAAGGACCUUUACAAGAAAGUGGGGAAGGCUUGGAAGCGUGGCUACUUGUUGCAUGGACCCCCCGGAACUGGAAAAUCUAGCCUUAUUGCAGCCAUGGCAAACUAUUUGAAAUUCGAUGUGUUUGAUUUGGAGCUUUCUUCGAUCUUCUCAAACUCAGACCUUAUGAGAUGCCUGAAGGAAGCAUCUAACCGUUGCAUAAUUGUGAUUGAAGACAUAGAUUGCAACAAGGAGGUGCAUGCAAGAUCAAAUCCAAAUGGUACUUCAGAGGAUCAAGAUUCAGAGUCUGACAGUGAGGGUGCAAAGAUGAAGUCAAAGAGCUUUACUUUGUCUGGUUUACUUAACUACAUGGACGGUUUGAGCUCAAGUGGUGGAGAGGAGCGGAUUAUAAUAUUCACUACUAACCACAAAGAGAAAAUUGACCCAGCGUUGUUGCGCCCUGGUCGAAUGGACAUGCACAUUCACAUGUCCUUCCUCAAAGGCAAGGCCUUUCGAAUGUUGGCUUCCAAUUAUUUGGGCAUUCAAGGACAUCAUCCACUCUUUCAGCAAAUUGACGAUCUAUUAGAGAAAGUAGAAAUCACACCUGCAGUGGUAGGGGAGCAACUAUUGAGAUAUGAGGAUCCUCACCUUUGUUUGGAAGAACUUGUUCAAUUUCUGACACAAAAGGUCAAUGAUAGUAAUUGUGAUUCAGUUGAGAGGGUUGUUUUCAGUAGGAGCAUUGACACCAAUACGCCUAAUUGAU